AUGAGCGGCAAUGGCGUGGGCGGGCCGGGAGGAAGAAGAGACGCGGGAGCAAGAGGAGGGGAUGAUGAAGAAGAGGACGAGGAGGAGGGGCUCGAAGGGGAAGGCCUGGCCGCGUGGGAGCGUGCUUACGCCGACGAGCGAUCCUGGGAGUCGCUCCAGGAGGACGAAUCGGGCCUCCUCCGCCCCAUCGACACCAAGACUUUCCAGCAUGCCCAGUACAGGCGCCGUCUUCUCCUUCGGACGGCUGCUGCUGCUGGGGACUCCGGUUCUGCAGCCCCCAGGAUUCAGAGGGGUCUGAUCCGGUACCUGUACGUUGUCAUCGACUUCUCUAGGGUACGUGUGCCCCCUCCGCUUCGCGCUCUCUCGACGCUUUCAUCUUUCUACCUGUUCUCCUACCUCUGUGCUUGUCAGAUUUGGUGCUUGGUUUUAUUUUAUUUUUUUAACGGGCUCGGGUCUUACGCAUUUCUAACAAGAGAGGGAAAUUCUUUCGAGAAUGUAUGAGAGCAACAUGCUUUAUAGCUGAAUUCCUUCCGAAGCAUGUUUUAUGCUCGCUUCUCCGAGUGCGAAUAUAUACUCCAUUCCUGAAUGAAUGCUAAUUGCCUUGACCUGUACAACGAGACCUUUCCUUUCUCUGAUUGUUAUGAUGUUGCCACGCUCUCAUUCACCUUCAUUGCAGGCUGCUUCAGAGACGGACUACCGGCCAAGCCGAAUGGCUGUCGUUGCCAAGUGCGUUGAGGGGUUCGUCAGGGAGUUCUUUGAUCAGAACCCUCUCAGUCAUAUCGGACUCGUUGCAAUAAAGGAUGGUAUUGCCCACCGCCUGACAGAACUUGGGGGCAGUCCUGAAUCACAGAUUAGGGCGCUGAUGGGAAAACUGGAGUGCUCUGGAGACCCUUCAUUGCAGAAUGCCCUGGAUCUAGUGCAUGGCUUUCUGACCCAGGUUCCGUCAUAUGGUCACCGGGAAAUCUUAAUUCUUUAUUCUGCUCUCACCACAUGUGAUCCAGGCAACAUAAUGGAAACCAUUGAGAACUGCAAGAAAGCCAAAAUAAGGUGCUCUGUUGUAGGCCUUUCAGCAGAAAUUUAUAUUUGUAAGCAUCUUUGUGCGGAGACUGGGGGAUCUUACACUGUGGCAUUGGAUGAGGUGAGCAGAAACGAACUGGUGCUUCUCAUCGUGUCGUGGUAAACGGUCAGUUGCUUAUACUGAGAACCUUUGCAAUCGUUUUGGCAGGCACAUUUUAAGGAGCUGUUACAGGAACAUGCCCCUCCUUCUCCCGCAAUAGCAGAAUACGCUGUUGCUAAUUUAAUCAAGAUGGGCUUUCCUCAAAGAGGAGCAGAAACCAUUAUUGCAAUCUGCUCUUGCCACAAGGAACCCAAGGUUGGGGGCGGCUACACCUGCCCACAAUGUUUCGCGCGGGUGUGUGAACUACCCACAGAGUGCAACAUUUGUGGGUUGACUCUUGUUUCUUCUCCCCAUCUGGCUAGAUCUUAUCAUCAUCUCUUCCCUGUAUUGCCAUUCAAUGAAGCAUCAGUUGCACCACUUAAUUCUUACCAGAAAUCACCAAGAACCUGUUUCGGUUGUCAACAGGAUCUCUUGAAUUAUGGUAAGUGUUCGACCAUAAAAUGUUUCACUGGGAACUUCAUGCUUUCUUUAAAGUUUGUUAGCAGAAAAUGAAACUCAACUGAUUGCUGAAACCUUCACUGCAUCUGAGAAAAAUUUGUCGACCACUUUUCCUACAUUCCUCCAAGGUAGACAGUUUAUUUUGACAUAGAUACUUGAGUAUAUUCAUACUUUCUUAUUCGUCUUGAGGAAUCGUAUACUUGAGUAUAUGCACAAAAUUGUUUAUGGGAAAACCAAUUAAAAUAUAUCCGAAUGUGAAGACCCAUUAACGUUUUGGGAAACAUCAAUAGGUCCUCUAGUAAGGUUUUAUCACGUAAUGCUCUCCAAUGAAUGUAUCGCACACCCGUCAAUGAGAGAAAAGAUAUUAUGCCAUUGUCCAUCUCCAUAUACCUAUGCAGGUAUGUGCAUCUAUGUCUGAUUGUUUGUGCGUUCGUGUGUAUUGAACAUUUCUGUCAACAAAUACGAGGAACACUGUACAUUGGACUACUUACAGAUUAGUCUCAUUUUAUGUAGUCAGAAAUUUAUUGGAAAAGGAUGCCUUUGGGGUACUAUUGGCCUUUCAAAACUCGAACUGAAAAUCCCUUGAUGUGAUUUUCUCUUUUUUGAGCGUUGUGUAUAUUAACGUAUUGUAGGUGCUUGGCAGUUUCGUCUGAUUUUUUUAUGCAUGUGCCUAAUCGUAUAAUGUUAUUAGGAACGAAUAAACUCCUUCAUGUUGUCAUGUUCAGUCAAAAGAUUCUUAUAAAAUUACAUAUCGUAUGAUUUUUCUGUUACCUGCCUGCUGUAUGUUUUGGAUUGAUAUUUUUACCACUUCAACAUUAGAUUGUUUCACAAAUUAAGCAAGGUUGAGAUAGUUGAAGGAUGCCUUGUUGAAAUUGAGCUCUGCCAAGGGACAUAACCCUGUAAGAGAAGUUCACUAUCAUUUUGUUUUACACUUUACUUUGAUUUUAUCUGCAGGAAAGGGCUUUUCUGUGGGAGACUGGUAUUAAUUUGUCUGUUUUCAGAUAAUUUUCUUAUAAAGCCUCACUAUCCCCAACCACAUACCAAUUCUAGUGAAAAUUUGUUGCAAAUUUUCUUUGUUCCCAUGGUCUAUUUUGUCAUGUCACAAGUUAAACCUUUCAUUAGAAAAUCCAUAUUUAAAGGAGAUGAGGUUUUCCCUUAUUCGGUCUUUGGAUUAGCAUUUCAUGGGUUGGUUAAUAGAGAAAUCAUUCCUUGGUGCAAUCAUGAUGUAUAUUUAUUUCGAUUGGAGAAGUUGUGGACUUUGUAGAUGACCAUAAAUAAGUGUAUAGAUUAAAUUCAUGAUUUACACUCCUAGUGUACAUGAUUGAAUUGUUAUCUUCUUUCAGUAUGGCAGAAAAUCACUGUCCUUGGGGAGAGAUAAGAGGCAGUUACCUAGGCAGAUUGCUAUUCCUAGACAUCAUGGUUUCCUGUGAUAAUCAAUUCAGAUCAAAUUAAUGGUGCUCAUGCGCGAUAACAUAUCCGGCUGGUUGAUUGGGAUCCAAUUAAAUGUUAUGUUCAAAAGACUCCGUAAUGCAGUCAGUUAGGACUAAAUCUGACUAAUUUGAUCCCGAUUGAAAUCAGAAUUAGCAAGUGCCCAUUUGUUAUUUUCGUCUAGUAUGAACUUAUUUUCAGGAAGGUCUAUAAUUCCCUCAGUUUUGAGUGACUAUUUUCAAUAACCAUUCAGCUUUCAGCCCUAGCCAUCUAUUGUAAUUUCUUCCUGUUUGUGAUUAAUCAUGGAGCCGUGCCACGUUAAUCUCAAUCAUGCAUGGCACAGAACAGAUUUUUUCCCUCUGGAAGUAACUUUUUGCUGCUCUGAGUUGUUUCAAUUAUAGAAAUGUCACUCGUGCCUGUACCUUCUUGUGGGAAAUUGGGAGAAGGCAGCUGACAUUUUAUUCGAAUUUUGAUGGCUGAAAGCCACGUGAAGGGAAUUUUGUAUUGGAGGACAGGUUUCAAACGAAAACGAAAGGGUCUUAGUCAUGCCACAUUCUUUGUCUGACAACUAAUUUUAGACCCAAGACUCCAUCAUCAAACGCUAUGUAUUGUUUUUAGCCCAUCUUUAUAAAAAGUGUGAAAUGUUUCUCCUGGUGUAUAUGAUUUCACUUGAUCACGUUAUAUAAUAAUCUCGAUAACCUUAGCGUCAUUCGCGUUAUUGAUUUGAUACCCGUUGUUCCAAGCAUUUGCCCAUGUCUAUUAUUUCAUCGAUAUUCUUGUUAAUUUUCUGUUCGGCCUUUUCCCUGAUGGUUGCACCAGAGGCGCAUAGUGUGAUGCCAUCACAAAUUUAAUAUAACGAAAACCUUGCUCUGGUCUAUUCAAAGUUAAUCAACUUAGAUGUUGGAGGAAUUGGCAGUAUUGAUUGAAUAUAAUGGCUGAUUUUUGAGAAUGUAAUGAUCUCCACUAUUAAUUGCUGGGAAAUAAUGCGUUGGACAUCGUAAUUUUCCCACAGUAAUUGCGGAUGGCUAUGUCCAGUAUGCUUAUUUAGGCAGAUGCACAAAUAGUGAUCCACAAAAAAUUCUUCUGUUCAGUCUACUGUCUGAGCCCUUAAUAUAACAGAGACCGUUUCUUAGAUCCUGUCUUGUUAAGUUAUGAAUAUUAGUACCCAGGCUCAUUCUUUUGCUUCUCAACUUACUCAGCAUUUUUGUGCAGGAAGCAAAUCUAGCCUCCACGUUUCUUGCCCAAAAUGCAACCAAUACUUUUGCCUCGAUUGUGAUAUAUAUAUCCACGAGAGCUUGCACAAUUGUCCUGGUUGUGAGAGCCGGCGGGAAUCUAUUUUGUCAUGA